UUUUAAUUCUUUGAGUGGUGGUGAUCUGAUGUCAGAGAUUAUGAGUGCUGUAACAGAUCGUAGUGAUAUUGCCAAACCGUCCGAAGAAACGAAUGAUGGUUUAAAGAAGCAAAAUAAAUCAAAAAGAAAUGUAUCGUUCACGAAACAACCUGCAAAGUCGGGUGCGAACAAUAAGCCAAAAGUUGCACCACUUCCAUCAGAAAGUGAAGACAAUAGUAGUGAUAAUGAAGAGGUGUCGGAGGAAGAAAACCAAUAUAAAGGAAUAGUCCCUGUACAACUGACGAAGCCAUACGGAUCUGGUCGAUCGAAAUCUCAAGGUCGACAAACAAAAGGGAAGAAAAAUGAGGAGGAUAUAGAAUCAGAGAAUGUGAUUCAUAAGGUUCAACCAACUAAAAAUAGAUCACUUGGUAGUCAAAAUGAUUUUAAAGGUUCUCCACAAUUCAAUAAAAAGCUAGGUGUCCAACGAGAUAAUUAUCAAUUCGAUUUGCCUAAUAUAGAUAUCAAUCUAGACUUGAAUUUCGAUUCACUAUCUUUUAAUACAAUUGCGGAGAUAAAA